GGGGAGCCGCUGCUGAAGAAAGGAACACGUUCAUUAUCUGGAGAUGAAGUAUCCCGCGUGUGUUUACUUUAUUUGGGGUUUCCUGUGUGUGUCUGUGAUCCCCGUGUCUUUAGGUGAAAUGUACACGUCGCUGCUGAACGUGAGGCAGGCGAUCAGUGUUGAACGGAAGCUGAUCGAUUACCUGAGAACUUACAUUGACCACGAGAUGGAGAGACUGGAGGACAUCAAGCGCUUUUAUGCCAAAGUGUCCGACCUUCACGCUGACCUUUACAAAGGCCCAGCGACUGCGAUGGCAAACCCUCUAGUGGCAUUCACCCUGAUCAAGCGGCUGCAGUCAGAGUGGCUGAAUGUAGUUUACAGCAAUGAAGCCCAGGAGAACGCACAAGCUCUCAGGUCCAGUUACAAGGAGGAAGAGGCUGAUCUGCCAAAACUGGAGGACCUCCAGGGGGCCGCCAAGGGGCUGAUGAGGCUGCAGGAUGUGUAUGCUCUCCAAGUUGCGAGCCUCGUAAGGGGUCGUUUCCAGAGAGUCACUAAUGGCAAACCUAUUGAUAUCUACCUGCCUACAGUGUCUGUCCCGCUGUCUGGUGAUGACUGCUUUCUGGUUGGAAAGGUGGCCUACGAGCAGGAAGACUACUACCACUCGGUGCAGUGGUUGGAGGAGUCGGUACGUCUCUUCAGGGGAACAGGAGGCGAGUGGAGCCCUGAGAAUGAAGGAACUUUAGAGGACGCUCUGGACCACCUGGCCUUCUCUCACUUUAAAACAGGGAACGUCUCCUACGCUCUCAGUUUAUCUCAGGAAUUACUGCAUCAUGAUCCAAUGAAUGGAAGAGUUUUGCAGAAUGUUGACAAAUACGAGAAGCUGCUGGUUAAGAGUCCACCCAUAUCAACGAGGGGCGAUGGGCUGAGGAGACCCAACUCCAGUCACUUAACUACCCGGGACACCUACGAGAGACUCUGCCAGACACAAGGCUCUCAGCAGAAAAUGCAGUUUAAAAACCCCAGACUAUUCUGUGACUACUUCACCAAUGGGAAUCCUAAGCUUUUACUGCUGCCAGUAAGACGUGAAGUGCUCAGCCUGAGGCCCUAUGUGGUCCUGUACCACAACUUCAUCACUGACACAGAGGUUGAGGACAUCAAGAGGGUUGCCCAGCCAGGGUUGAGACGAUCUGUGGUGGCAGCUGGAGAGAAACAAGCAACAGCAGAGUAUCGCAUCAGCAAGAGUGCAUGGCUGAAGGGCUCAGCACACUCCACUGUCGGGAAGAUGGAUCAGAGGAUCUCUAUGCUCACAGGUCUGAACGUGAAUCAUCCAUAUGGCGAGUACCUGCAAGUAGUGAAUUAUGGAAUUGGCGGCCAUUAUGAGCCUCACUUUGACCAUGCAACAUCGCCCUCAAGUCCUGUGUUCAGGCUGAAAACUGGGAAUCGAGUGGCAACCUUCAUGAUUUAUCUCAGCCCUGUCGAGGCAGGUGGGUCCACAGCCUUCAUCUACGCCAACUUCAGCGUUCCGGUCGUGGAGAAAGCUGCCAUUUUCUGGUGGAAUCUCCACAGAAAUGGUCAAGGAGAUGUGGACACGUUGCAUGCUGGCUGUCCUGUGCUCAUUGGAGACAAAUGGGUUGCAAACAAAUGGAUCCAUGAGCAUGGCCAGGAGUUCCAACAUCGCUGCAGCCUGAAUCCUGAAGAGUGAGAGGGGUGGAGCGAUAGCUGGGCCCCUUUUUUGGAGUACAAGAGCCAGCCUCUACAAUUGAGAGGCACACUUGCGGGUGGAGAGAAGGAGGGAGCCAGAAAGUGAGCACACAGGCAAGGGAGGCGAAAGCCGUUAUGGGGCAGCCUGCGUCUGUGAUUGGAGCCCCGGGCCCCAGGGAGCCUGAAGCAUACAGUGCUGGAGUGGACACGGACGAGAGGCGGGGUAGAAGAGGACUGGGGCAGUUGGCAAUCAGCCCCCAGAGGCCAAACGCUCUCCUGCUCCUACUGGCCAGUUCCUGCAGACGGAGAGAGGCCUCUGCCUUCACACACUGUGCUGGUUUCACUUAACUGUGCAGGGCUGUUUGCCUCCUUGCUCAAAAACUGACAUGUUGCAGCCCACACUGGGCCCACUCAAGGGUUUGUCAUUACAAAUCAACACUGAUGUACUUUGCGCACACAAAGACACUUAACGUGCCUGAAUCACAGUACACAGUGUUUAUCAUGAUGCACAAAGCAACUAGAAUUUUCUAUGUUAUGUAAUGUUGCAGCCAAAAAUAAAAUGCUGUUUUUGUUUGAAUGUUCAAAUGAAUUUAAAUGUGAUUACGCUUCCAUGAAGUGCUGGAACAAACAAACACAGAGCAUUGUUGUACCAGUUUUAGGACUUUAAAGGCAAUGUCUGUGUUCAACAAUGCAGAUUAACAACACAGAUUUGGGUUGAAGUCAUGCUGUAAUGGGUUAUCUCACACCUCAGGACUGCAGUUCAGACUGGUGCUAUGAGUCAAAGGAACCAGUCAUUGUGAGUGUGCCUGUUUAUUCCCAGCUGACUGGACGAUGUGGUCAUUGCUUCCUGUGGGAGACUCUUUCAAUAACUGGCUGUAUAAUGGAACAGCUGAACCAGAUCUGUCAGCCUCUUAUUGAGCUCCAAAAGGCUGGUCAUCAUUACUCACGCUCUGCACGCCAAGUGAUUGGGAACACGUCUGCUCCUAACUUCAUGUCUGAACUCACACAACCAAUCUAUCUGCAUACCAAUCAGAUAUGUGAGAUUUCUGUGCCUAAGUAGGUCAUAACCCAUCUUAAAGCAGAGCGAGAAAGACCAUACACAGUAUUAAGAGCUUAUGCAAUAAGGUACUUUUAUAUGUGACCUUUUUGGGGGACAUUCUGCAGAUUGAAUAAAGGGAUCUUUGGGGGUGACAGAGGAAUAAUACCUCUGCUCCGUCACAGUGACAAAUGUUUUCUUUCCAGCUCCCCACAGUGUACACAAACAGACACGCUCCUAAUGCUCACACUGACACACGGAAAAUAUAAGCAGGGGCUGUAUACUGGAUGCAUAUUGCACAUUCCUCUGUGCACACUAAACAGCAGGACUUGAUUAUUUCCCCUUGGAAUUGAUGGAUAGCAAGAUGCUGCUUUUCUAAAGCUCUAAUCAGUUUCAUUGCAAGUAUCCAUGCCAUUAAAAACACAGUUAUACCUACUUUUGGACUCAAAACAGUUGAAACCACAAGUUUAUUUAAUUUAAAGAAUAUACACAAAUUUACAAACUUUACAAACUACAGCUUUAUAGAAAUGUAUUUUAUAGUCAGAUAAGUUACAAAGAUUUUUUUAUGUGCUCUGCUAAUCAGAUUUUCAGUUUGACUAGAGGCAGCAGAGAUUCGUGUCUGGGAAUUUGAGAUGCUUUUUGUCAAAUCGUAAUAAACAAGGAAAUCCAGGAAAGCAGGUUGAGAGUAAAGUUUUUUCAGAGGUCCAUCUCACAACCUGAGGCCUGAUCUUUUCCAGAAGUCAAAGGGCUUUUUUCUGAACUCUUCCCACACACCCUCAGUGGCCCUCACUGUUACUAUGAUCACCACAACAAACAUAGCUGCAUAGGGACUUGUUGCCAUGCAGGAGCAUAGUCCAAACUACCUAUAGCAUACGUGACGAGACCAUUAUGCUUGCCUCAACACUUUGUGUCCAUACAGUAAGUUUUAACAUGUUGGGAAACUUGUGAAAGACUUUGAGAACUAGCUGAUUACUUGUUACAGUGUCAUUCAUUAGCACAACUGAUGGAAGUAUAGACUUGAAGUCUGACUGACUGAGACGCCAUCUAGCAACAGCAAAAUAAAGUGAAGCAGAAAUACAGCAAGCUUCUUUUAAUCUAGAAAAAGACAGAAUAUCACUACAUAUAAUACUGCUGAUCGUGAGCCCGCUUUGUAACCCCUAAUGGAAAGAUCUGUGCUUCCCUCUGCUGGUGAUGUAAAAGAAGGCUACAUGGCAUUAGUGAGCUGUUGAAUUUUUCACUCUAUUGCUGUAAAAUGUGUGUGUUGCUUUUAUUGUAAGGUUUAACAAUGGUUGAUAUUAUUUUUACUUUUUUAUGGGGACAUAGUCCAAAAACAUUCGGGUUAGGCAACCAUAGCACUGACAUUUUUCAGGUAGGUUUUGGAUGCAUUAAUGGAACUGCACUCAUAUUUUAUAAUUUAUUGCAUUUCCUUUACUGUAUUGUUUUAUUUGAUUGCCUCUUUAUUACU